AUGCCGCCUCCCGAGGGUGACUCGGCCUCUGCGCAGGCUGGUAACAACUCCAGCGACUUUGUGAGCUCCUCCAAAGCUUCCCCCUCCUCCACCCUCUCCUCCCUGCCUGCCACCGGCCGCAAGUUUUCUAUGAUGGGGACUAAUCCGUACUUCGUCUCACCUAGGAUGCUUGAGGAUCCCACGUACAAUUCCGUAGUACGAUGGAGCGCCGAUGGUGAUAGUUUCGUUGUUUUAGAGAACGAAAAAUUCACCAAAACCAUUUUACCCAAACACUUUAAGCAUAGCAACUUCGCAAGCUUUGCAUGGGAAUUUCGGCAUCCCGAGUUUCGUGCAGAUAGGAAAGACAACCUGGACAAUAUCCGCAGAAAGGCGCCGGCUCCGCGCAAGCCCGCGCAAGCUGAAGAUGCCUUCGGCGCGUCGCAGCAGAUUGUCGUCCUAAGCGAAUCGCUUACCGCGACUCAGCACCAGAUCCAGGCGUUGCAGGAGCAGUACUUCGAGCUGGCGCAGACGAACAAAGUGCUUGUAAACGAGGUCAUCAGCUUGCAAAAGAUGGUCAGGGCCCAGAGCCAAGUCUCCAACGAGUUGAUCACCCACCUCAGCAACAUUGAGGACCGUCGACGGAAUAGCAGACACUCAGCGCAUUCUAGCCACUCAAGUCAUUCAGGUCCGACCUUCCAUACAGGAUCCCUUGGGCUACUGCCGGACGGUGCUGAUGAGCCGGCAGCCGAACUUAGACGAGCGCGCGAGAUACUCAGCAAUGUUUCCCCCGAUUCCCAGGCCGACCGAGACCUCGAACGGAUAUCGGUAGCCUAUCAUCAAAAUGGGUCUCCAUCGGAUUCGGCAACCUCGUCGGUCAUGUUCACCCAGAGCGGCCCUGGACCCAUGCAUAUGCUGCAUGAUCCCCUCAACGACCCUAGACACAUGGUCUAUCCGGUAGGGCAGACAACGGGCAUCGACCCGUUCCAUUCCGACCACAUCAACAACAUCCCGUAUACUCGUCCCUUGAGUAACCCGAACCCGAUGGCCGAUUCUGCUCAGAUCACGCCUCCCCCAAAAGACCAAGGCACCUCCAUGUGGAGCCAUAAGAGGCCACGUAUCCUGCUCGUUGAGGAUGACAAGACAUGCGCAAGGAUUGGUGCCAAAUUCCUUCAUGUCCUAGAAUGUUCGGUAGAUAUUGCUAAAGAUGGGCUGGAAGCUGUCGAAAAGAUCAACAACCCGGAGAAUAACGAGAGCUUCGACCUGAUUUUUAUGGACAUUAUCAUGCCCAACCUGGAUGGCGUAUCGGCGACGGCGAUGAUUAGAAUGGUGACGGCCAGGGUACCCAUCAUCGCCAUGACGUCGAAUAUCCGACAAGAGGAUAUCCAAACCUAUUUCCAGUAUGGUAUGAAUGAUGUGUUAGCAAAGCCCUUUACGAAAGACAGCAUGAUCCGCGUUUUGAGGAAGCAUCUGGCGUAUAUGCUCAAAGACCCGCUCCAAGGCGGCCUUAACUCGGAUGACACAGGCCAGACCGUAGGUGCCCCAGGGCCGCCGGGUCAGAACCAACAAGCAUUCGCCAACAACCAGCAAGCUCAGGCCAACAUGAUGGCGGCAGCGGCAGCGAUGGCGAACUCUUCAAUGGGAAGCGGCGCACAGGUCAAAUUUGAGCAGACGCCGAUACCUUCACCCACCACCACAUCCUCGUGGCAUUCUCCGGGGCAGAUGAACCAGACAUCACCCAACAUGGACGGCGGAGGAUACAUGAAUGCCGGAGGGAGCGGUCCAGGAGGAAUGGUAUUGACGCCAGGCGGCACACAAAGACCACCGCCGCAGCCAUACCAAAUCAUGAACAACCAGGUCAACAACCAACUAGCAGGCGGAUCGGCGGGUUUCCAAGCCGGCGGUCAUAUGCAGGCCUCCGAGGGCAUGGGGAUGGGUGGUGGAUCAGAAGAGAAUCGACCGGAGAAGCGCCAAAGGUUAUAUGGUCCUGGCGCGAAUCAGGGACCGUUUGUGCAAUAG